AUGACCUUUCCACCGUCUAACACUUCCCCCGUUCACCAGGUUAGUCUCUCCAUUAGUAUACCUGCAUCGGACGAGAAGGUCUCGUGUCCGACGACUCCUUUUCCGAGAUAUAUCCCGACAUUGGCGCUCAGCAACUUCCGGACCCUCCGUUUGUAUUCGCUUGGAAGAGGUUCGGCGACUCUCAGCGUCGACACGACCAAAAAUGUCGCGCCCGAUUAUCUAUCCCAGACGCGAUUGGCCCUUCAGUUGCAGCGACUUCUCGAUAAUGACAUGGCUCAUGCAUCCCGCAAGGGCCCAGUAAAACUUGACCUCGGCGUGCGCGAUGUCCUUAACUGGCCCACCCACAAUGGCUCCGACGCGGUAGGGAUGACCGACCGAAUCGGCACUCUGGCCCCUGGCAAGCGGGCCGAUCUUAUCUUUAUCUCGUCGAAACGCUUUCUUAGAUUGACCGGGGUGAUACGAAAGCGUGACGGCCAGCUAGUUGGUUACGACCUUGACAGCAUCCGCGCUGAAGCGAACGUCGGGUUGCGACAAGGCAUGGCAAACUUACCGAAUUUCCAGCCGUAG